AACCAAUUCCCUACUUUUUCUCUUAGUGUCCAAAGGAUAUAUCCACAGACAUGUUUGCCCAUCUUUGUAGGCGCUUUGGGAGAGUUGAUGUUGAUAGAGAAGAGUCUAGAGUGAAGCAAAUGAAACCUAAAGAGGCCUGCAGACAGACGUCAUCCCCUGAAAAUAUCCUAAACAAGGUGCAGGCCAACGAGGAAGAGGAGAGGCUGAAUAGAGAACUGGAGCUAACUACCAAAGAGAGAAAUGAGCUGACAGAUCGCCUCCUUUAUGUGACAGGUGGAUCCAUGAGCAAGAGCCCCUACUUCAGGCCAAAUCCAUUUUAUGAAAACUUGAAGAUAAAGGAGAAAGAGGUCAUGUCAUUACUGCACAACUUAGACACAAAGAACAUUGAACAUCGUGAGAAAUUUCAGGAGCUCAAGAAGGAGAUUAACUUCUAUCGCAACGUGCACAGCCGGCUCCUGAUGGACCAGGCAUGUAUGAAGAAGAAGUUGGUCACAUUGAAGCAGGAGAGCAAGGAGGUACAGCGAAAUUUGUUUGAGUUGAACCGGAAAGAUGAAGACGAACAGGAGAAGACCACCAACCUCCAGACCCAGCAAAAUGUGGUCUCAGAAACUGCAGGAGACAUGGCAUAGAUGGAUCCCAGGAAGAGAGCCCCCUGAGGAAUGAGUUUCUCUCUCAGGAGUUCCCUGUGACGACAAUCCUCACAGUCAAAGACUUUUUGGGGGAAUAUUCUUCUUCUCAGAUAAUUUCCUCAAUGUAUAGAGACCCUAAAUUUAUGUAUCCGUAUGCCAGCCUGUCUCAUUGAGGUCUUUCUCCUCUCUCCUACUGACAACACCAUUUGAGAGACAACUGAGGGGACUGCCUUGACAUCUCACGUCCUAGAGGAGAAACAGCACUACAACUGUGUUUCUAAAUGUUCAUUAAGAAAAUGCUGUUAAGAAAUGUUUUUGGUUAUGAUUUUCAUUGAAGUUUUCUUUUUGUUAUUUCAUAGUUAUAUAUUCUUGUUACUGUUUUUCAUUUAUUAUACCAUUUUAGUUGUUCAUUUUAUGCCUGUUUUUUGUAAAUUGUAUUCCUUAUGAAUAAAAAUUGAUUUGUAACUCUUGA